GUCGAAAUACAUGCCGGUAAUGAAGAUACAUAUCAAUCGGUAUCCAUAGGAUUGUGCUCGUCCUCGUGCCACAGCUGAUAUAAUUUUGUCGUCCUUCCCAUCCAUGAAGUAAUCCAACAUAUUCCUCGUUCGUUUUCGUGCUAGCGUCGUUCUUGUUCUUUUCAUCAAUAUUGAUCAUGGAUUUCUUUUCCGUACCCCAUGCCCGCUACAGCCAAGCAAUCGCAUCUCAACAUGCCAAACCCCAAAAUUUUUGUUCGUUGCCACAAAAUUAAGAAAAUGCUCUCUUCAAAAUCAAAACUUCUAAGGCCUCCACAUAUUUCUACACCCAACUUUUGGUUUUGCAAUGAUGUUGACGUGGUCAUAUUAAUUUGACGGACCAACUCCUCCAUCACUCUAAAAAAUUUAAGCCCGAUCAAUUUAUGGCCACCUCGUCAACAGCCUUGACCCGGCGUCCCCCACGUUCUGUUGGUCCCCUCAACCUGAACAAACUAUGAGCACCAUCGAUCCCCGGUACCUUCGUCUCUCCGGCGCGCAGCUGGCCCACCGCCACAGCACAGCCGAAGGGAAGAACGAGCAGAUUGUCUAUGCUCUCUGGAAGGACAUCACGAGCUCCCUCGAACGAUCGGAGAGCCACAAAACCGAGGCGGCGGCGCUGAUGGCGGCGAUUCGGUACCGGGUUCGCGGCUACCCGGAGAAAUUACCCGCGAUUUUGUCGAAGCUGGUGCGGUUUUUUUCCACAAACUUCGAGGACGUGAGCGACGAGCGGUUUGAGAUGGCGGCGGAUUUGGUGCGGGCGGAGCUGCCCGACGCCCGGGCGGGGGAAAUUGUGUUCUGGGUCUUGCGCGGCAUUCUCGUGGACGACGCGACAUCGGUUUUGUGUCAUAUUGUGGCGCUCAUGGAGGAGGAACUGCCGAAUUUGCCGAUUGUGGAUAAGAUCCAAAAAGCGCUCGUGUUGGUUCACCUCUACUACAACAGUUCGGAAGUGGAAGAACAGCAGGAACUGCAGCAAACGCAGUACAUUUCCGCCCCAGUAGGAGAGAAACAAUUGCAGGACAUGACGUUCCAACAGGGCUACGACUUCGCUGACUACAGCAACACGCUGAACAGCGGCACAGCAAUGCCCUCGAAAGGCAUCAAGCGGCCGCGCGCGGAGGGCGAGGCCAAGCCCGAUGAACCAGAAGGGGAGGUCCGGCCGCUGAAAAACCAGGGACGACGAGGCGGACCAGGGUAUUACAACGAGUUCGACGCGUUGCGGCGCGAUUCUUCCGCGUACUCCAGCAUCAACAGCAGCAUUUCCCGGUCCUCUGGCCAACCGAGUCGGCGGAGCGCGCAGUCCGUAGCGAGAGUGGAGCCGACCGAGGAAUACGGUGUGGUGAAUACGUUUCUGGGAAAAAUGUCCAGCGAAGGCGAGGGGGCGGAACAGUCGCGCAUGGAGGCGAUGCGCGAUAGUGCGGUGGAGCAACAGGCUGGUGGAGUUGAACCCCAAGCGAGUAUGCGGGGCGCCACGGACUCCGCCAUUUCGAUUUCCUCGGCCGGGAGCAAUUCUAUCAGCAUCCAGGGCAGUGUCCGAAAGUCCAGCCAGAUGCAGAGCCAGGCUGGUGUAGUACCGUCUCGCGGAAGCAGCUCCGCCGUUAACUACAAUACGUCAAUUAGCUACGGCACCGGCGACUACCCGCGCCGGGAAGAGGACAAUCCGACAGUGGUCAUGCAGUCGAGGCAAGACAGCUCGCAAAUACCCAGAUCGACGCGGGAAAACGAGUCAACCGGGUUUUUCCUCGCGCCAAUGACGUCGUCUGCCGGUGCCUCAUCAGGAGGAGGCCGGGCAGCAGGAGCCUCCUCUACUUCUGCAUCCAGAACGCACAGCACUUUUAACGAGAGUGUGAAAAUACCGUCGAGGUUUGACCCGAAGUCCUCGACUUCCUCCAGUUCGACGUUCCGGUCCAGCUCGAGUUCUAACAACAGCAGCAUGCGGGACCCGUCCAGCAGCUUCAGCACGGGGUUUGCCGUACCGUUGGCCACACAAACAAUGUCAAUGGCAGCUCGGGGCUUCAACAGCAGUACUUCCGGGCGUCCAACAGGACCGUCCAGCGCGUCCAGAGGUGGGAGCAGUGCUGUCCAGAGGACAAAAUCAUUUCCGAUCGUCGACACCAACUACCGACCAAGAAUCCCUUCGGAAUCGCCGCGCGACCACGAACCGGUGGAUUCCAACCCGAUGACCGCGGUGCAGAUGUCGAUCAAGAAUAUCGAGAAAACGGUCACUAACGUUGUUGCUGCGAAAGCGGGCGAGCAGCAGCGCCCGAGCGAGAUGUUUGACCAGCAGGGCAGUACGCGAGCGCUCAUCGCCAACGCGGAGCGAACGGUGGUGAAUGCACAGGUCACGGAACCAAUAACGAGCAGUGAUGUGGCCGCGCCACCACUUUCGGCGGCGCUUGCGGUGCCGCGGGCGAAUCCCAGCACGGCGUCAAGUGUAGCUGAUCCUGGGUCCGCUCGCGGUUCGAACAAUCCUUCGAGGACGGAGGAAAAUUCGCUCUUGAGAAUGCUGAAUCAACAGCAGCAGGCAAGCAAACAGUCGUCCGCGCAGCGGAUCGCGAUGGAACGUUACGGGCGUGAGGGGCCCAGUCUGGCCGCCCCGGCGGACGCGCCGGUGUAUCCUGCGAGUGCCCAGAACAAGUUGCGACCUCUGACGCUGCGCGACAUGCUGGAUCCGACGGACGCCGGAAACUUAACCGCGGCGGAAAAAAGCCGCAUUCGCGCAUACAACCCCUCCCGGGACGCGAUGGGGGACGUGAUGCAACGCCCCCCACCACAAACGCCCGAGGACAUUAGUGCGAAGAAGCGGGUGCCGCUGCUCGAGGUGUUAGCCAAGGUGUGUGACGCGGAGUGGAAGCGGACGAACCCCGCGGCGGAGGAGUCGUACCUCCCGCACGACUCCGCGGUGAAAGAUUUGUCCAACCUGCGGAAACAGAUCCUGCGCGCCAUCACCUCCGGAUCCUGGGAGAACUACGGCAUUGUGAAUGCGAAAUUCGAAUCCAUUAUGCACACCGACGCGAUCGGCGCGUACAAGGCGACGCAGAGCCAGCCGGUGGGGCAGAAACUGGCGAUGAAGUACGGGGAGACGCCGCAGACCCUGGAAAUGAUGGCGGUCCAGUGCGCGACCAACCCGUUUGUGCUGCAAAACGCUUCGCAGUACCGGGUCAACCGCGGGGAGUACUUGCAGGAUAUGGGCCGGGUAUUAUCUGAGAUUGAGAACGAAGGGCGGGGCAGUCUGUUUCUCGCGAUGGCGGGUGAGGAAGGGAACGAAACCCUGGUCCAGCAAGCUUUAAAGCCUUACGAAAUGUUGCAACAAAACAUGGCCACCGCACUCGGACACAACCCCUCAGCACCGGGUACUACGGGCAAUGCGACUCCGAGAACUAGGGGCAAUAAUUCGACGGAGCAAGUGCAGGCUUCGGAAUAUAAUUUCAACAAUAUGGAUCAAAACAUCAACAACUCAAGCCGCAGUUUGACAAAUUCCCUGUCCCCAAGGGAGAAGGAGAUCAACGUGUUCCUGAUGUCCACGAACAAACACCACGCUGGCGCCGACGGGACAGACCCAGCAACCCUGUUGAGCACCCCACCAAACAGCCGGGAACUGAAAGACCCGAGCUUUGUGUUGCUAUCCUGUGCAAAAGUAUCGUACUCGUAGUAAUCGCAAUCAUGCAUUACAAAUCUUUAUCCCAUGGCAAAACAGCAUGACAAAUUCCAUUUGUCAUGCUGAGCUAAUUUGUAUUGCAAUUACUACUAGUACGAUACUUUUGCAGUUCAUAGUUGCAAAUGGACGACAACGGGGUCACGAACUUCUUUGACCAAGUGAUCGUGGGUAUGAACGGACAAAAUACAACUUGACCCCAGAAAGAGCAUAGAGCGCCACGAGAAUGAAACUAGCGACCUACGAGAAUGAGGAAGCAAAUGGGGCCCCACCCGCUUACAACUUUUCCCGCUCCGGACGGGGUAGAGGCUGCACUUUUCAUAGGGCUUGUGCCCGUUUUUUCGCGCAAAGCUACUUGUUUUGCGCGCGGUUUUUCUCCGCUCGAGCGGUCGGGUGGAGAAAAACUGCAUUACAAAAUUGGAAAACCGGCCGGAUGCAGAUGCAGCUUUUCUCCCCGCAGGAGAAAAGCCGCAUCACAAAUUCGCAAACUCCGCUUCCUGCGGUUGGAGAAAGACCGCGCCUCCGGUUCUCCGCAUUACAAAUGCGGAAAGGUGACCUUUCCGCAUUACAAGUGCGGAAAGGUGCCCAUAGCCAUUGCAUUUGUAAUGCGGAGAGCCCGACCUUUCAAAGGUCGGGCUCUCCGCAUUACAAAUGCAAUGGGCGGAAAGGUCGGGCUCUCCGCGUUACAAAUGCGGAGUGCGGGGCUUCCCAGAGCUCGGGGUUCGGGUUGUGGGUAAAAUGGGGAAAGGGGAAAGCCCGGAGCCUCGGGUUCUCCGCAACCCGGGCUCUUCUCCGCAUUACAAAUCCCCCCACCCCUUUCGCCACAAGCGGCUGCUGCAGCCGCUGCACACCGUCGGGCGCAACCUUUUGCGCGAUGCUAUCCCCAAGCAGCAAUAUUCGCACUCCCGAUAGCAUCGAGCGUGAGGCUAUGCUGCAUGGUAUCGCUGCGUGCGAAUUUCCCUCGCAGCCAUACCAUGCUGCAUUAGGUUACGCACGACCUGUGGCUGUCUUUCUCUGCCCCCCUUGGGCGUUGUGCAGCUUCUUUUUACCCUCAAACACGACCGGACCCCGGGAAAAGUUGUGGUUUAGGGAGGAAGCACAACUUUUCCGCGGACCACCCCAAGCCGGCCCCGCGGUGCCGCUUCUCCCGCAUGAAGCCACGGGGUUGCGCGGGCCCUCGUGCAGUCAAUGGUCCAAAUUCCCGCGGCGCUCGGUGUUUCGCAAGCAUACACCUCCGCAGAGAGACACGGCCGAUUUUUGGCGUUUGCCGUUUUUGCGCCGGGCCCCGAGGGUCCGGUCGCUAGCAAUGAGGGGCCAGCGCGCGCCUUCGUUGUGUAGCCGGCGCGCUUUUUGUGGCAGGCUGCGCGCCUUUUCGUUUUGUUUUUUUCGUUUCUGUUCCUGUUGGGGUCCAAAGACAGGGCGCGGAACUAGGGGCGCCGGUGCGCUGGCGGUGUUUCUGGGGCAGCGCCAGCAGCGAUGCUUCAAGCGGAGGGGGGGGGGCAUGCAAAAAGGGGUCGCGCUCUGCAAAAAGCAGCUCUGCAAAAAGGGGUCACGAACUUCUUUGACCAAGUGAUCGUGGGCCCGCACGAUCCCUAAAUCGGAAACAUCAAUCCGCAUGCCUAUAGGGGAAAACCCUAAACCCUUUGCGACCGAACGCCCGCAUGGAGUACUCCCACGAGCUAGCUGGCGGCCCCGGCUGCGCGACCGGGUCCGGAGGGGAGCGUGGGCAAGAGAGGCGUUGCUCCAGUGAAGUGCAACGCCCAUGACCUUUUUUUCUUCGUUGCCCGGGUGCGCGCAGCCAGCGCCCUUCCCGGCGGCGAUCACCUCCGACCGCCACGACCCUCUGACCCCCGGUCACGUGCCGUCCGGCUGGCCGGACGGACGUGACCCGCCCGGUCACGUCUAGGCUCCUUGUUAUCUUGUAAUAAUUUUUAGGGCAGGGGACCUAAGGCCCACCCACCUGGGUGGGUCGAAGGUCCCCUGAGGACCUAAGCGGACAUUUUGUGACCCUCUUCUAAGCUACUCAAAAAGUCGCGGCGCGCGCGGCGCUUUUAUUUUGAGGGCCAGCGCACUGGCGUGCAGAUUUGGCCCGGGGAUGUCGUGCGAAAAAAACGCGGGAAACCAGGGCCAACACAAAGAAGGCCAGCAACCGCGCCCGCAAAUCGGGGGGGAAGACUGACAGACACCCGGCGGGCCCGGCAACGCAUUAUACGGGGCGCGCCUCGCCUGUUUAGUUUCUUUCUUUGUUUGUUAGUACGGGGUCACGAACUUCUUUGACCAAGUGAUCGUGGGCCCGCACGAAGUCAUCACCGAGGGCGUGAAUUUCAACGUGAAACAAACGGAAAACUUGCCGUUUCGCCAGACCGUCGACUACAACCCUCGAAAUUUCUCGGUUGCGUAUCAAGGCGCGGGCGCGCAAACAGCGACGAAAAUUAUAGGUGCAAACAAUAGUCCGCGGCAGCCAACGCGCGCGAACAACAAUAACAUACCCGAGGCAAUACCCGAACAGCAGGAGUACGAGUCGUCAAACGAGAAUAACGACAAAAAGAAUGAGGAAUACAUCCUUCCUCCCAAGAACGACAAUAAUCUACCGCCAGCAGGGAAGAAGAAAACGGUUUCCGCAAGUGUACAGAGCUACACGCAAAAUCAGCGACAGGACCUGCUCUCGAAAAUACCAGGCGGCACGACGAAAAACGCGCAGGAGGGGUACAGUGCCAAUCAGCGCGACAACCUGCUUUCCAAAAUGCCGUUUUGAUGCGGAAGGGCCUUUUGGGUGCAGUGCUUCUGCGCCCUUGUUUUAAUUAUUCAUUUGUUUUUUUCUUUUUUUAUUUCGUAAGUGAGUCUAUGAUCAUGCGCAUCAAGCGCUGCAGUCCCUAAGUUGUAGACGUUUACUCACAGACAUUCGACUUGAGUAUAUUAGAGAUUGAGAUACUACUUGUACUACAACUUCUAAGUACAAUAUCACACCGUGCUGCAACUGCAAGAAAAUCGGCUGGGGACGACACUUGAUUCAACUACAGUCCCAUCAGAUCUGGGAGUUUUCUGCCAAUCGGAAAAGCUUGAGGACACAGAGACCCAGUGCCGCAUGUUGCGAGUCUAUUUCGGAUAUCAAUAUUCCUUCAUCUUUUGCAUUCAGGUUCAGACCGAAGAUAUUUGACAACAUUAU